CAAACACGAUGGGAGCCCUCGUACUGAUGCCUUUACUCUUUAUUGGCAUGGACACUGCAGGAGCUGCUGUGAGACCUGCUGUGAUUUCCUUCUCUCCAAACUGGACCCCAAUAUUCUCUGGGGAGUCUGUAACUCUGACCUGUAAUGUGGCUCCUACUGCCCAAGGGAACCUGAGAUAUUCCUGGUACAGGGAUGGAUACCGGAUAUCUGGGGAUCAGCGGAGACUUGUCAUUCAGGCUGCCAGUUGGUCAGACAGAGGGAAUUACAAGUGUCAGGCUGGUGCCAGUGAGAAAAGUGAAUAUUUUAGACUGGCUGUGAUGAGUUCUGGUGAGUUAAUCAGAUCUGAUCUCUUCCCACAGUCUCUAUCACUAAGACCACUCCAGUAUAGUAUAGGUAUAAUAAUUGUGUUAUCUGUUUAUUUGCUUGGCCCCUUACAGUCCUCUGGCCAGACAGUCUGUCCUCACAGUCUUUUAGGGGUACUUAUGAAUUACCCCUACUGUGAAGGGUUUCCUCAGGGGAUUCUAAAAUUCUUACUGAAUUGGAAAGCCUAACCCUUUCUAUGCUGGACCUUCCCUCUAACCUAUUUUCAGAUAAGGAUAAUGGAGGGCACAGCUGAACUGAACAACCUUCAUUCAAGAUGCCCUGUAAAGCAAUAAUUUCUGCCUCUUAGUGGGUCACAAGGGGCCCUAAAUAUCCUAUUUGUCCGACCCCACAUUGCCAAUAAAUAUGUGAUGGCAGAGAAGCUCAUAAAGCGACAGUUUACCUUGAAAUAUACUUUAAUGGUGCCAUCAUUCUAAAAAAUGCAAUUAGUCUUCAUUUAUUCUUCAAUUAGAAUUAUAUUUUUGCUUUGUUGUUCUCAUGUGGUUGCCAAAUUGCCCCAGUGAUCAAAGCUCCAGCAUCUGAAAUCUUAAGAUUAAGGUAUGUUACUGUUCCUUAAAGGGAAAAUAAAUCCCCCUUUUUGACAUGAGCUCCAGAUAUUCAAUUGAGGUCAUAUUACAAAAUGCAUAAAAACUAUGUGAACUACCAGAAAUAAUUAUAUAUUUUAUUUUACACAGACAUAUCUGAUUCCUGAGAUUCAAUAUAUUUCAUGACAGUGUAUCUGUUUGUCAGUUCCCUGCCUUCCCUAAAGCUGGCCAUAGACUCAAAGAUCCGCUCGUUUGGUGACAUCGCCAAACGAGCGGAUCUUUCCCCGAUAUGCCACUAAACAGCAUGGUUAUAUCGGGGGUAAUUCGAACGUUCGGCCGUAUGGUUUGUCAAAGUAAUAAUGCUUUGCUUUUAAUAUGUGGAAUUAAGUAUAUUUGUGUAAAACAUUAGUGAUGGGCGAAUUUGGGGCGAAUUUGCGCGAUUCGCCGCCAGCGAAUUAAUUCGAGAAA